AUGAAUCGCACGUCCACAUUGCGAAACCAAACUCUACAAAUUGGAAAGUCUGGAUCUUCGGUUGUAUCGUAUCAGGAGGAAGAUGCUCAAUGUCCAGUGUGCAAGAGUGACAAGUACCUCACACCGAAUCUAAAGCUCCUUGUCUCGCCAUGCUUCCACAAAAUGUGCGAGUCGUGUAUCGAUCGUCUCUUCAGUGCUGGACCAGCACCUUGUCCAAUAUGCCAGCAAAUCCUGCGUAAGAAUCAAUUCAUGUCCCAAAUCUUUGAGGAUCUUGCAGUAGAGAAGGAAGUACGGAUACGAAAACGAGUGAGCAAAGUCUUCAACAAACGGCCCGAAGAUUUCCCUUCAUUACGCUUGUAUAAUGAUUACUUGGAGGAAGUCGAGGAUAUCACCUUUAAUUUGAUGAACGAGGUGGAUGUGGCGGAAACUGAAGCGAGGAUCAGCGCAUAUGAACUUGAGAACAAAGACAGCAUUGCAGCCAAUGAAGCUCGAAUGGCCAAUGAACAGCGCUUUCAGAACUACCAGGACGAAUUUGAAAGACAACAGCGGGAACAAAAACGUGAAGAGUAUCUGCAGCUACUGGAAGAGGAACGACGGCAAAAGGAACAAGAAAAGGCUGAUAUUAUUAAGGAACUUGCUACAACGAAUAAAUCCGCACAAUCCGUACUUGCAACACGUCAAUCAAUCACAUUGAAGAGGUCAUCUGCUUUACGACAGCAAUCGGAAAGUAAUUCCCCAGCGCGUAUGGCGAUGCCGGCAUGGAUUACUGCGUCUAUGGAUGCCGAUGUUGAUACGAAGAUGCAGGAAGCAGCAGACUUUGAUCCAUUUGAUUUACAAUACGAGUAUACGACUGGAUUUGAUAUUCGUGAUGAUUAUGAUGAUCCGGCAACUGAGUAUCUACACAACAACAAGCGAGCAAGAGCCGGUGGAUAUGCAGCCAAGUAUGCUUACGAGCGUGCGCUCACGGAUACUUUCACGGGUCUUACUUGUAGUCCAAUUGGCGCAGAAUAG